AUGCAGAAGAGAUCGAUCCGGCCGCUGUCUACUCUCGAGUCCUUGCCUGUCGAGGUGCUCCAGAAGAUCUUCUUCGAAUGCCUCGAAAUCAACCUGCCCCGUGCCUCCCUCCACAUCGCUAGGGCCCUGUCCAACCCGACCAUCUACACCUGGCUGAUCCGGCUGGCCUUCAGCAGCCCGAAUGAGAGUUCCCGUCAUGAUUUCUUCACUCCCGACUUCCUACCGCCGCCACUGGACUUCUUCGCCCUGUCGUCGGCGGAGCGAACAAACCUACAGACGGCCAUCCUCCAGUGCCGCUGGAGCACUUUGCCCCUGUUGCGCAAGUGCCAACGGGAGUACGUCGAACACACGAUCCGUCGCAAAUGCCGCGACCUGAUCUUCAGUCCGGAAGACUAUCAGAUACUUUCCAACCUCGGCGACUGUUUCUCCCGACAAUCCGAGUACGACCAGGGCCGCAACGGCCGGCGGGGUAAAGGAGACCUGAUCCUCUCCGCCAAGGCGCCAGGCUCCGAUACAGAUCUCAAGGUAGCCAUCUGCCCCAUCUUCUACGAGACCGACGUGUUCCGUCUGCCCUGCUGUUCGAUGGACAACCCGGCCCGGAUGCCGGACAAGCUGCUGCGGCCGCCGUGGACGCCAACCAAGCUGGAAUACCUCUCCCUCCUCGCGACCGAAGCCUACAUCGACGACGACAACACCUUUACACGCUCCAAACGCGUCCUGCGGCAGGUGAUCCGCGACCGCGACUAUCCGACCUUCGAGCGGCUCCUCAGCAUGCACAUCCGCACGAAGAUCUACAACUACCCGCUGCGCUGGCCGGCGCGGCCCAACCAUUUCCGCGCCGCGCUGAAGCAUGCAGAAGGGCCGAACGAUCCGUUCAUCCGGCUGCUCGUGGAGAAACGAUGGCAGGAGCUGCCCCCGAACGAGGUUCGGGUCAAAAACGCUCUCCUGCAGAAUUUGGGGCGGAGUGUACCUUAA